AGAGAGGGAGAGACAGAGAGAAAGAGAGAGAGAGAGAGAAAAAGAGCGAGCGAGAGAGACAGAGAACGAAAGAAUAACGAUCCUGCGUGUACCUUAGCCUAUUAAGCCGUCGGAUGCGCUCGUUGAACGUGUCUCGAACGGUGCACGAUACAGCUCGCGUUAUCUGCAGUAAAUAUUGCGGGGCUAGGCACGGGUCUCUCCCGGCCCGCUCGGAUCGUUUCUAAUCAUUAUCGUAUACGUUCGCGACCCGCGCGCGUGUCGUCGUGCCCGACGUCGUGGUUGUCGCGGUCGUCGUCGACUCGGUGAUCGUCGUCGUGGUCGGUGGUGGCCGCCGUCGACGUCGUCGUCCGUUGUUGUCAUCUAAGGUGGAUCGAUAGAUCGAUUCCUCGUUCAGCUCUCGAUACUCCUCGUCUUUCUUCCACCAGUCGCGAUUCUCGAUGUGCCGCGUUAGAGUCGCGAGAGAAGAUUGAAGGUGGCGGCCGACGGACCCGCACAGUGACGGUACAACAGUGCAGAAAGUUUCGUGCAGUGAACGGUCGUUAAUAGACCAGUGCCGCGGCUCCGACGACAGAGACCGACGCUCGCGCGGUGACGAGAGAGUGCGGCGCGCCAGCGCGCGCGCGAGAGACCAGCCGAGUCGGACGGAGUCGGACCACGAGCGAAUCCGCGGGGAGCGAGGGAGAUAGAAAUAGAAAAGAGGAGCGAGGAAACGCGAAAGGUAGAACGGAGACGGCCGGACACGCUAUAUGCGUUGAAGCACCAAGUGCCCAGGGACGAGAAAGCGAAAUAGGAGAUAUCGCCGGGUGCGAGGGAGAACGGACCAGCCGAGGGAUAGAGACCGACCGAGCGUGUUAGACCCCCAGUGGGAGUGAGAUAGACCGAGAAUAUACGAACCAGUGAGAGAGAAAGAGGCGAGACGAAGCUGCGCGAGAUAGGACCGAAAGCUGCCGAGAUGCAUUGCCACGCUGUUCUCCUCUUGUCGAUCUUGCUCGUCGUCGUCUCUUGCCCUUCGACGUUGCGUGCACGAAGGGUCGCGCCCUUGAUCGAAGAAGAUUGGGCGAGAAGGCCUCACCGCGCCGCCGAAUGCACGUUCGGCAAGCAGAUACGGGAACUGGGCUCCACCUGGUUCGCGGAUUUGGGCCCGCCCUUCGGAGUCAUGUACUGCAUCAAAUGCGAAUGCAUUCCGGUGCAAAAGAAACGACGAAUCGUCGCGAGGGUCCAUUGCCGCAACAUCAAAAACGAGUGUCCGAAACUGACCUGCCAUGAACCCGUUCUACUGCCUGGACGUUGCUGUAAAUCUUGUCCAGGGGAUUUUAGUACCGACAUAGUGCACGAUCUUCCGGCGCAGCUGACCUUGGAGGAAGAGGAGCGGAGCUUGAAACACUUCGGCACCCUGGUGACCGGCAGAACGUCCCAGGCUCUACGUCGAGAUGAACCGAGCCCCACAUCCAUGUACAACAGCGCCUACAACUACCUAGCGACAGGUCGGUUCACCUUCCACCGGAAGAACCUCUACUACUCGUUCUACCUGUCCUCAUCAACGCCCCGACCGCGCAGCAUCCAGUUCGUGGACGCUUCCGGCAGCAUUCUCGAAGAGCAAACGAUAGACCCUUUCGGUGGCGUGUAUCAGAACGCAACCGGCAAGCUCUGCGGCGUUUGGCGGCGGGUGCCGCGCGACUACAGGAAACUUCUGCGCGAGGAGCGUCUCCACGUGUCCUUCAUAUGGGAGCCAUUGGCCACCUUGACUGGACAAUUAUCACGCUACCGCGCGCUAUCUACAGAGCAAUUCUCUUCACUGCUGGAACCAACGAUGGGCGUCGAUCGGUCGCUGAUGUCCGGCGCGGGGGCGACGGCGAUAGUCUCAGCCUCCUCGGCGUCAGCCCCGUCGAUCCACGUGUCGCUGGUGUUCAACGGAGUGUUCCUGCCCAACGACGUGUCGGAGGUGCCGCUGAUAGUCCAGCUGGAGCACGUGGAGAAGGAUUACGUGGUGCUGCGCGAGGAGAUCGUCGUGAAGAAGCCCUCAAACGAGCUGAACUUCGGCGAGGUGCGCAGCGCGUUAUCCGGCGCUGACCUGCGUCUGCUGACCCGGGGCAAGCUGUCCAUCAGCAUAAUGUCCAGGAAGGACCCCCAGGCGCUGCGAUUGACCGGCACGGUCGGCCCCCGGGCCACCUGCGACAUGUACCAGACGCUGCUUCAGUCGGAGACACCUUCCGCUGCAUCAGGAAUCGCUUGGGCGUUCCUAGACCGCGCUGGGUCGCUGCGUUACGGUGUCCAGCUGAUCGGCUUAGAGGAGGAGAGUCCUUUGGUCACUCUGGUCGACGAAGGAGGCAAGAGACGCACGGAGCUAGAGGAUCUGACGCCUUCUUUGGUAGACGGACUCGCCAAUGGGUCCUUGGACAGGCCGGGUCCACGCUUACUGGAGCCGUUGUUCAAUGGAGAACUGUCCGUGGUAGCGGCCUCCCAUGUUGGCUCCAUGUUGCGCGGCAGGCUCCUGCAGCGACCUGUCGCAGACGCUAGGGACACCACUGCUCCUGUUCUGUUGAGGAGACUCUCGCAGGAGCCAGUUCACCCCGGACCCGUAGGCUUGAUCUGGACCGCAGUGGACCUCGACUGUUCGCUGCACUACGAACUGGAGAUCGCUGGUUUCCCUCAGGUCGUCCCUCCUUCUCCUUCGCCGUCGACGUCUCCUGCGCCCACCAGCCACGAACCUCGAACUUUCCGGCUUUACCUGGAGACUAUGCCGUUGCUGGCUCAAGGAGCGCCUGUUGCUAGAAGACUGCUGGAGGAGUUCACCGGGUACGUCCUCGAGGGGUCUGUCACCGGGCUCUCGCCCGUCGAGUUGUACAGGAUCGAAUCAGGCAUCGGAUUCCUCGAGGUGACCGAUAAGCAGACGGAUAGGAUUCUGAAGGCGCCGUUCAAGGCUAGGGCUCCGCUCAGCUGCCUGCCCCAUUACGCGGACAACGACGUCGCCUCGGUGGUCGCGUACAAUAUUCAUCCGCCCAGGUCUGACAUCGAGACCGGCGCCUGUUUCCAUAAGACCAAGUUCUACGAGGAGGGCACUCAGUGGACGUCCGACACCGAUCCUUGCUCCAUGUGCCAUUGCUACCGCGGACUGGCCCAGUGCGACCCGGUCCCGUGUCCUGCGCUCACUUGCCCGCAGGCUAAACAGCUGAAGGCUCCUGCUGGACACUGUUGUCCUAUAUGUUCAGGUCCAGGAAUCAACAUGAACGCGACAGGGAAGAAUGUUAGCUCGGUAACGAGAGGCUGCACUCUGGCUAGCCAGUUUCAUCUAGCAGGAGCAUCCUGGCAUCCGUAUUUGCCGCCUAUGGGUUUCGAUACCUGCGCAGUUUGCACUUGCGACCCGAUCACGCUGGAGGUGAAGUGUCCGCGGGUGCAGUGCCCGCCGUUGGACUGCGACGAGAAGCUCGCGAUCAGGCCGAGCAAGAAGGCGUGCUGCAAGCAGUGCCCGGCGACGACGCCCAGCAGCGCGAGCACGGGGGGCGUCGCCGGCGACACGUCGCGGCUGCCGCGGGACCAGGCCGCGCCGUCGACCCGCCGCACCGCCGACGAGAUACUCGCUUCCGGCGGCUGCAGGAACCCUCUCGGCGGCCCGUACGAGAACGGGAUGGAAUGGCAUCCGCGGGUCCACUCGCACGGCGAGAUGAAGUGCGUCAAGUGCAGGUGCAAGAACGGCGAGGUGAAGUGCGACAGGAAACGAUGUCCGCGGGCGCUGUGCAACUCGAUCGCGCACCAGAUAAAGCGCGGCGAGUACGUCGGGGACGCGGACGACUGCUGCACGGUGCAGUGCCGUCGGGCGAGGCGUCAUCAUCGCAACAAUCAUCACCCUGCCCGGCACUCGGUGACGCCGCGCGAGCUCAGCUGAGUGGGCCAGACCAAGCCAGCCUCCUCUCGAACUCUCCCGGUGCACGGAAACGCUCCUGGGCCUUGCCCCGUGGCCGUCGGAACAGCGGCCGGCUCGCCAUAGUCGUUUUCGUAAUCUUUGAGGAUGAUCAGACUCCGGUGAACCGACUGACGGGAGUAUCCCGCUUUCCGAAGGACUACGGAAGCGAUUCGAUGGAGUACGAAUGUCCUUAAAGGACAGACGGCGGAUACCGGCAGCCGAAGACUCAGAACUGGACAGUUCCGUUUGUCGAGUCGAAGGCAUUCCAAACAGUUUCAAUUAACGGGGAAUCGAUGUAGAGACCAAGGAUCGGAAUAGACGGGAUUUUUAACCCUUGCGUUAUCAAUCGAAACGUUCGAAUAUCGUUGUCGCAAUAUUUUCGCGUAGAUCGUUCGGUUUCGAAGAGCAAACCGAUGCGAAGGUAUCGAAGAAACGAACGAAGACGAUUUUGUCAAAUUUUCACGAGAGCUUGAGGAAUUUUGUGGACGGUGCAAAAAUUGAUAGCUGGCUACCCAGUUGCUGAUGUAAGAGUUAAGAAUACGUUCGAUCUUGGUUCGAUGUUCAUUAGGAAUCAGGGAAACGCUGCACAUGUCCCGGUUCCUUGAGACCUUGGAUCGCUGCCAUGAUCCGGGGAUGCUGUUUCGUAGAGUUUACGAGUGGCCGGGAUCCACGCGUCCAGUUCUGACUCUUCCAGAGAUCGUAGCGGUACGCCGAGGAGCCUCGCUCCAGUCUGUACACGUACGGCUCGAUGAGAGAUGGGGGCCAAGAUCGAACCAGGCCGUCCGGUCAAAAGGUACCAUAAACCUCGAUUGGCAUUACGUGAUCGUCCAAUUCGAGCAAUGACGCGUCCACGCCGGUGAUCAUUGGAAAUCCGUGGUACUCUUCCACGACGCUGAUCCCGGAGGCCAACUCCACGUUACGGUCCAAUCGACGCGUUGAGUGCUCAUAAAAAUUCCACGGAAAUCAGACCAAUUCUUUUAACUGCACCAUUACGGGCCGAGAUCUAGUUUCCAACGAUGAACGACUUGCUUUCUAAUCAGCUAAGCUUUCCACUUGAAUCACGGAUAAGUGAAUAUUCGCUCCAUCCAGUCGAUCUUGAAUUUUCUAAAAUUCUUUUAAUUGCCUUAAUUAACCAGGUCGCCAUUCUCCGCAAUCUCAAUCAUCCGGAGUCUCGAUUCUCCGCUUAGCAGGUUGUUGAUGCUUCCGGAAAAGACUCGAAAUUUUCACAGCAACCGCUGUCUUAACCUCUUCGCGUCUAGAUCCAACGAAAUUCAAUUCACCGACGCGUCAUAGUAGAAACGUUGAGAUCCGCACGAAAACUUGCGUCUCCCAAACUCUGGCGACGCGGUAGUCAAAAUUGUCCAGUGCCCAAUCGAAUCGGAUAAUCGAGGUUGCACCGUAUCCACCGGUGAUCCGACGAUCAGCGGGGUACGUGGAACGGACGGCCGCCUAACGCAGGAUGUCGUGAUGACGAUAAAUGAUAAAUAAUAACAAUAACAAAGGAACAAGUACGGCCGCAGACAGAUUCUUAUUCCCGUCAGUCGUUCCGGAGUCCGUCGGGCACCCGCGACCAGCAGACGUUCAUUAAUCAAUUGGCUCUCAUCAACGGAUAAAACGGACCGGAAGCCAACCACCGCUCUCUAUUCUCGAAUGACCUGACACGGCAUCAUAAACCGUUCGGGGAGCGAGAAAAAAAAAUUGAAACAGGGUGAGGAGACGGAGGUGGGGGGAAACAGAGGAGAAACGAAUGAUGAUAAUCCCAGUGCGUGCGUGUGCGUGUGUCCGUGUGUAUGUGUGGGGAGGGAGGCAGGGAGGGAUGGGAAGGGGGACGGGGAAGAGGCGAAGGGACAGGAGUAAAUCGAGUGGUAAAGGAAAAUAUGCAACGCGGUAAACGCAGAUCCCUACCGUACCCACCAACCUCACCGAGUUACCCAGCAACCAAAGAAGACUGAAGAACCUCCGAUGGUGGCAUCAGUUAUCAUUUUUGCGCGAACGCCUAAACGUAUAAACUAUUAACUCUUACGAUAACUUCUCUAUUAUUACGUGUAAAACUCUCUGUACCGUUAAUUCCCGUCGUCGAGCAUCGUCGAUCGCAUAUAUCGGUUCCACGGUGGCGUCAUUCUUUUCUCACCCGUUCAUAUCGUCCAUCGCCGCCGUUUUUCUCAUCGUUCUCAUCAUUUGUCAUCGUCCGUUGUCUUAUACAUACAUGAUUAUAUAUGUAUAGUAUACACGAGUUUAUUAUUCUAACGUUUCUAUCGCUGUUUCGGAUAGCGUGAAAACAUAUUAUUCGUCCGCCAAUAACCGACGCCGACAACGGUCGUGAUCUUCGAAUCGGCCGAUUCAAGAUGGCGACGGUCUGUCGCCUUUAUCUUCUCCCGCGGGCCGCGUUUCACGCUAACCACGUUUCUAGAACGAGUAAGUUACUUAUCCUUUUCUUUUUGUUUUCUCUUUUGUAAUUUAUAGGCGUAUUUAUUUGAGAUAGGUCGCGUGUAAGUUAUUCGACGGCGAGCGACUCCGUCGACUUCCACGAACGGUUCCUCCACAAGAUGGCGGGCCGCGUUGGCGAAGCUCGACGCGGCGUGUCGGUGGCGUCG